AUGGCGGCUCCCACGACCAACAACCCACCCAGCACGGCGCUCAAAUCUGCGGGCUCGCCGUCCGCCUCUGCCUCGACGGCCUCUUCAGUCCACUCGCAGCCCGACACCACCGUCGUCCUCCCCCAGCCCGUCGUCAACCAGUCUGGCGCCAGCAGCGUGCAAGCCGCCGCCGAAGCGCUGCUCAAGCCCAAGAAGCCCACCAUGACGUCGCGCCUCAGCAGCAUGAUGGGCAUAAAGACCGCCCACAUGGACAAGAACGGCGACGUCAAGGCCACCAACGGCACCUCGCCCAACGGCCGCCCCCAGCCUGUACGCCAGGGCUCCGUCACGAGGAAGGAGGGGCCCGGCGCGCCCUACAAGCGCUUCUGGCUCAACGACGACGGCUCCCACGAGCACGUUCUCAAGGUCGCCAAGCGCCAGGAGAAGCUGUCCGAUAUGUUCCAGAGUCUCAUGCUCGGCAAGAAGAAGGGCGACAAUGCCGAGGACCAGCCGCUCAGUCUCAUGUCAAAUUGGGUCGACGUCAUGCGCAACGAGAAGGAGAAGCUCGCUGAGCAGAAGAACGCCGUCAACGCCCUCCCGCAGACGCUGGUCCAGAAGUACGGCAAGUGCCAGGAGGUCGUCGGACGCGGUGCCUUUGGUAUCGUCCGCGUCGCACACAAGCAGGACCCCAAGGACUCGAAACGAGAGCAGCUCUACGCCGUCAAGGAGUUCAAGCAAAGACCCGGCGAGUCGGCCAAGCGAUACCAGAAGCGCCUCACAUCCGAAUUCUGCAUAUCCUCUUCGAUGCAACAUCCCAACGUCAUCACCACGCUCGACCUGCUCCAGGACGAAAAGGGCACAUACUGCGAGGUUAUGGAAUACUGCUCUGGGGGUGAUCUGUACACGCUCGUCCUCGCAGCUGGUCAGCUCGAGGUAGCCGAGGCAGACUGCUUCUUCAAGCAGCUGAUGCGCGGUGUAGAGUACAUGCACGAGAUGGGUGUCGCACAUCGGGAUCUGAAGCCCGAGAAUCUGCUCCUUACCACGCACGGGUCAAUCAAAAUCACAGACUUUGGCAAUGGCGAGUGCUUCCGUAUGGCCUGGGAGAAGGAGGCACACAUGACAGCCGGUCUCUGCGGCUCGGCCCCCUACAUUGCACCCGAGGAGUACGUGGACAAGGAAUUCGACCCCCGUGCUGUCGAUGUGUGGGCCUGCGGUAUCAUCUACAUGGCCAUGAGGACGGGGCGCCACCUCUGGCGUGUGGCUCAAAAAGGCGAAGACGAGUUCUUCGACCGCUACCUCGAGGACCGGAAAGAGGAGGAGGGUUAUCGACCCAUUGAGGUUUUGCGAAGACGACAAUGUCGUAACGUCAUCUACUCAAUCCUCGAUCCUAUACCUGCCCGCCGCCUGACUGCGCACCAAGUGCUCGCUUCUGAAUGGGUCUCCGAGGCCAAGGUCUGCCGUGCAGGCAACGAAGGCUUUUAG